AUGUCAGACUGGGGUUGCUGCAGGGAAGACGUUAAUGGUGACGAGAAUGUUAUUUGCAAUAAGUGCAAGAAAAAAUUUCCUACAGAAUACUUAAGAUCGGGUGGUACGGAGUUGCAAGUUUUUUCUGACAUUGAUUGGGUGUGCCUACUUUGUAAAAAUAAAACAUUGAAAAAAGAUUGUACCCCUGUUCGUGUCGGUAACAAGUCUACAAGCAAUAAUGGUGCUAAUGUUUUAAUACGUUCGAAUGAGAGACAGGCACUAUCUUCGCCUCCAACAAACGUUAAUAAUUCUUUAACGCAAGAUGAUGUUAGGAAUAUUAUACGCUCUGAAUUUGCCGAAAUGCUAAGUAUGAUGAAAAGCACCUUGUCAAUUUUUUCCUCGGAACUGAAUUCCUUAAAGGAGGACAUAAGUUGCGUUAAAGAAUCCAUGGACUUUAUCAACAGCAUGUUUGAAGACAUUACAAGAGAAACCAAUGCAAACACUGAAAUUGUUAAUACUCUAAAAUCCGAAUACGACUCGCUAAAUGCUGCCGUGGCCAAUAUUUCCAAUAGGUUCAACCAACUUGAUCAGUUUUCCAGAGCAAGUAACAUAGAGAUACAGUGUGUUCCAGAGAGAAAAAAUGAAAAUCUUCUUACAUUCAUAAAACAAAUUGGAAUAGUGAUCGGUACUCAAAUCAACAAGGAUCAAAUCAUGCAUUGCACAAGAAUCGCCAAAUUAGAUAAAAAAAGUAAUCGCCCCAGAUCCAUCGUGGUCCAAUUCAAUACUCCACUUACUCGGGACAGCUUUCUUGCCUCGGUAUAUAAAUAUAAUAAAUUUCAUUCAAACGAUAAGCUCAAUUCGGGUCAUCUAGGCAUGCCUGGUGACAAGGUACCAAUUUAUAUUAUGGAACAUCUGUCACCUAUGAACAAGGCUCUGCAUGCUGCUACCCGCAUCAAGGCAAAGGAACUGGGAUACGAUUUUGUAUGGGUACGAGGGGGUCGGAUAUUUAUCAGGAAGAAUGAUGCCUCGGACCAUAAAUGCAUAAGAGAUAUGGAGUCAGUGAAUAAAUUGUCAUAG